UAUAAUUUCGUUAAAUACUUUUACAUAAAUAGUCGACUGUAUUUUAAUGUUUGUCAGAUAUACAUCCUUGAAAUUAAUAUAUUUAAAUGAUCAUACUUUGUGUACAAACAUAUUCAAUAAGACAAAAAAGCUUCAUCAGAUGUUUAUGCAGCUCAGAGAUUUUGAUUUAUUUAUUAAUAUAUUUAUUUAUUAUUAUUUUUUAUUAACUUUUUUUUAUAUUAUUUCUCAUUUUUUAAAAUAUCUAUAAUUUAAAUUCAGGGAAGGUUCCUAUAAUGCUAUAUAACUGAAUGUCACUCUAAACUCUUAUUAAAUGAUCAGGCAUCAGGUUAUUCUCACAUGUACUGAAAGAGCACAGAAUCAUGUGGGGGGUCACAACAAAAACAUCCCAGACAGACCUGAAGAGCCAGUUGGUGGAUGAGUUCCAUGUAAAAGCUCCCAUGACCCGUCACUAGGACAACCCCAGAUAAACAACAGCUCACAACAAAGGACCUCAUAUCAGAGGGACACACCGGAGAGGAACAGCAACUCUCUGGUAGGGCAACCUUUGGGUAGAAUUUCUCUUAAAGCUGAUUACAAAAUAUUCUUAAAUGAGUUUAAAAUCUAGGAAAACUUAAAGCAUUUUCUUAAAUGCAUUGAUGAGGGUCAGUUCACAGUAUUUCUGAAACAAAUGGUUUUUUUGAGUGCACAGCAUUCAAGCAUAUAACUACUGUGUGUGAGGAAGACACUAAAAGAUGCCUUCAGGCACCAAGAAGUCAAGAUCUCAAAGUGCCAAACCUGCCACAAAGAGCAAAAGAAAGCGCUCCUCCCAGAAGAGGUCAGUCAGUGCCAAAUCCACUAAGACAGAUGUGGAUAUUCUGAGUCCAGCUGCCAUGGAGAACAUCUACUACAUCUCCCAUAAUGCAGUGGACUGCUUGGAGUUCAGAGGAUUUGGCUGGCCUGGGGCCACCAAGAAGAAAGGAAAAAAGGGCAAAAAACAAAAAAGUAAAAAGUAGAUUUGUGCCAAUUAAACCUUCCUAGAGGAAAAAGAUUUGAAAAGAUAAUUUCACUUCUUUAAACUGUCAGUUGAAUUAAAACAGCAGAAUGUUACAUUUAUCUCAGUUGACUAUUUAUUUGUGGAUUAUUUAUCUUAUCAUUUAAAACUUACAACCCAAUAAAAUGUGAUUCCUUCAAACUGUUUUUUUGAAACUCUAUUUAAGGUUUUUUAACACAUACACUAUGGCUCUUUUUACACCUGUUAUUAAGAUGCGUUUUGAUCGAUCGGAUCACAAGUAGACAAGGGAGACACAUUCCCGUUUACACCUGGUGUUUUAAUCCGUCUCUUUUGUCCACUUUCAUCCACUUCUGUCCUGAUUUCUUCGAGGGGAGGGUCUAUGGGCUGGUAAAUGUAUGGGCUUUUUCAGAUCUUUCGAUCAAAUGGACAAAAUAAGCUUGUGAACACCACAAGAUGAAAACAUACGGAGAGCAUUAGCUUUCGUUUCUGCUCCGACCGCCUCAAGACUGGCCAAACACUGUGAGUGCGUGUGUUAGAAAUCAGGAAUGGUGGGAGAACAUUGUGUUUGGUACGUUUUUCAUCUUCAAACCAAACUUGGGUCUUCAGCCAACAAAGUUUAAAUCCCGUCUGGCUAGCGCUCUUUCCAUAAUGUUUACGUGUUAGGUCAGUAGGUGGGGAGUAGGCAGUCUUUUGUGGCUGUUUGAACACAUUUGAUCACAUGAGCAUUUACAAUACGAAAGCAAUCCGGUCAAAUGCGUUUUUGUCUACCUCUGGAAGUGGUCACAAGUGUACAAGCGUAAAACGUUUUAGACCCUGUUUACACCUGUAUUUAGCGUCGUCAAAAAAGCAUCUUAAUACCAGGUGUAAACAGGGCCUUAAAUGCAGAGAAAUGAAAAUCAUCAGGUUUCCUUAAAAUAAAUAACUACCAUUCAGUCAAUUAGUUAUCAACUUUAUUGGUAAUUUACUAGGUGUUACUCUGUCUCUCCAGACACCCAUAUAGGUACAUAAAAUAAGCCACGUAAAACGUUACAAAAGAAUAUCAGAAGCUUGCAAGUACAUUCAAAGAGGCAAAUGAAUGUUAGUCAAGGCACCAAAGAAAUUAAAAGCAGCCUCUAAUGCACUUCAUUGUUCCACUCAGUGUAUAAAGGACAUGUAACAAUUUUAGAGUGGUUGACUAAUGCUAGGAUUUGUAAGUUUAUGGUAGUGAUUUAACAAACAUACAUUCACACACACACACAGCU